UUUUUUUUUUUAUUAUUCUUUGAAUAAUAUCAUAAUGAAAUUCGAAACAUUUUCAAAUAAACUAGAAAGCUUUGAUACGCCUAUGAUUUGGCUUGUACUUUACUUUUUUUUUAAUUUAUCUUUAACGCUUUAUAAUAAAAUCAUUUUGGCACUUUAUGAUUUCCCAUUUCCUUGGACACUUACAGCAAUACAUACACUAUGUGGUGCAAUUGGGUCCUAUGCUUUUUGGAAAGCAGAUUUAUUUACACCUGCCUUACUUGGAGAAAGGGAAAAUAUAGUUAUGUUGGCCUUUUCUGUGCUGUACACAAUCAAUAUUGCUAUCAGUAACGUUUCAUUAAAUUUGGUUACUGUGCCAUUUCAUCAAGUAGUUCGUGCAAUGACUCCUGUUUUCACAGUGAUGAUCUCUAUCAUUUUUUUCAAAAAGUCUUUUUCUACUAUGAUAUACAUUUCAUUAUUACCCGUAGUUUUAGGUGUUGCUUUUGCUACAUUUGGAGAUUAUAAUUAUACAAUGCUAGGAUUCGUAUUAACAGUAUUAGGCACACUUUUGGCAGCAAUUAAAACAAUUGUAACAAAUAGAGUUCAAGUAGGACGUUUGAAGCUUCAUCCUUUAGACCUUUUAUUACGUAUGUCUCCUUUGGCGUUUAUUCAGACUCUGAUAUAUGCUUAUAUUACAGGAGAAAUGACUGCAGUGAUUAGUUUUGCACAUUCAAAACUUACACUCUCUCUUUGCUUUGCUUUAUUAAUGAAUGGAGUGAUUGCCUUUUUCUUAAAUGUUAUUAGCUUUACAGCGAAUAAGAAGACAAGCGCCUUAACCAUGACAGUGGCAGGGAAUGUAAAACAAGUGCUUUCAAUUGUAUUGGCAGUGAUAAUUUUUAAUUUGAAUAUUACUUUUAUGAAUUUAAUCGGUAUUGUGUUGACAUUGCUUGGUGGUGCUUGGUAUAGUAACGUUAGCCAACAAGAAAAGAUGAAGUCAAAGAAAGCAACAGAUUUACCUAUUGUAAAAGAAGGUUUUGACAGUAAAAUGAUUAGAUAAUAAUUCAUUCUAUUUUAUGAAUACAGAG